AUGCCAGACACGCUCCCCUCGCAGCGCGCGCUGCUCACCACCCUCGUACGGGCGCUAUCCGAAACGCAUCACGACGAACCCGGCGGCAGCAGCAGCAGCACGGGGCCGUGGGGCUCGCCGCGGCGGAGGACGCUCAUCCUGACGCUGCACGUCGUCUUCCCCGGAAUGCUGCUCCCCGCGCUGGACCUGCUCGACAGGAACCUGGUGCGGCGCCUCUCUCUGGCCGCGGCGCCGGGCAAGGAGGACCCCGCCGCCGCUUCGGGCCAGGACGAGAAGACAGCGCGGUCGCGCCACGCAGCGUACACGGUUCGCUCCGCGGCGUCCACGCAGCCUCGACGCGCCGCGGCGGCGGCGACGCGCGCGUACCUGGUGCAUCUUGAGGCGUGGAGCUGCUCCUGUGCCGCCUUUGCGGUCGACGCGUACGCUAGCACUGGCGAGAGGGAGGAGGCGCCGCCGCCGACGACGACGACGGAGGUGGGCGGGUUUGGCGGGCGCAGCAAGACGUGGCUGGACGACCAAGGCGCCGAGGCCACGCCGUGCUGUAAGCAUCUGCUGGCGUGCCUCCUGGUGGACGAGUGGGAGAAGCUGAUGGCCGCGCACGUCGAGGAGAGGAGCUGUACGAGGGAGGAGUUAGCGGGCAUCGUCGCAGGGAUCUAG